AUGACUCUCAUAGUCAAGUACAUAGGAGAGUACAACUAUGUACCCUCCGUUGCCGCCGCGUCUGUCUUUGCCGUCCUCUUCGCAGCAACAACAUUUUACCACACCUUUCGACUGUAUCGAACAAGAACCUGGUUCUUCAUUGCUUUCACAAUUAGGGGUUACUCUAUCUCUGGUAGCCAAUACCCCGACUACAAGCUGGGCCCAAUAGCCGUCCAGACGAUCCUCAUCCUUAUCGCGCCCUCCCUCUUCGCCGCCAGCAUCUAUAUGACCCUCGGCCGCAUCAUUUACAUAACCGGGGGCGAGCAAUUCUGCCUUGUUCGGCGCUCCUGGCUGACCAAGAUCUUCGUAUUGGGAGACAUUGUAGCCUUUCUUACCCAGGCUGGAGGCGCCGCAAUUCUCGUCCAACAAAAGGCCAGCAGUUUCUCCACCGGCGAGACAAUCAUCAAAAUCGGCCUGAUAAUCCAGGUCAUCUUCUUCGGGCUAUUCAUCUUGACCAGCGUGCUCUUCCACGUGCGACUGGUCAAAUCCGGGUUCGCAAAGCGGUACGCGAGGAAUGUGCCGUGGAGGCGACACAUGCACGCUCUCUACAUCGGCAGCGUCUUUAUCUUCAUCCGAUGUAUCUUCCGUCUGAUCGAAUAUGACCAGGGGACGACGGGCGCCCUGCUGCAGCACGAGUAUUGA